ACCGUCUAACCGUCUCCACAUCUUUUGACCCCGCUGGAAACGGAAGUAAACUAUGACGCCACAUUUGCUCAGACAAUCUUUAAUGUGCACUCGUUCAGCCCAGUCGCCUAACUGGCACCUAAUUGCUUAAAUAAAUCAUACUGUGCGAUGCGGGCACAGUCUGUUUCAUUAAAAUGUAACCUAUCCGGUGUACGUAUAUUUGGGACGGAUUGACCACACUGAGGAAAUUUUUUGGAUAACACAGGAAGUCACAUGCUACCAGCAUGCUGUGGCGAGAUCAUUAAUUUCAAGCAGGCAUUUCCUUCCGCUGUAUCGAAACAGUGUCAUUUGUUAUAUCCCUUGCGAGUAAAACCGUUUUAACUGGGAAAGAAGUAAACACUCCCAUGCAUAUGCGGAGACAGAUCCACAUACCGCUGUUUUUAUACCAGUUUUGUUUAUUGAGUCAUGGGUUAUCUGGCAGUUACAGUGACGACCAACAGCGUUUGGUCAAGGAUAUGUUUCAAGGAUACAACAAACUCAUUCGACCUGGCGAACUGAACGAAAAAACUGUUGUCAAGUUUGGCAUCAAUCUGGCGGUGAUAAUUUACGUCAAUGAUCAGCAACAAGUAAUGAAAAUCAACGGCUAUCUGGAUCUUUCGUGGAAGGAUGAACGAUUACGCUUUGAUCGCUCUACCUACGGAGCGAAUUUAUCCACCCUGAGACUUCCUUCCAAUAAAGUUUGGCAGCCGGAAAUCGCACUGGUUUCCACAACAGAUGGAAACUAUGGGCCGACAUAUCGGUGUAAUUUACUCAUAUCUCCCCAGGGAGAAAUACAAUGGGUGCCCCCUUUUAUCUCUAAAAGCAGCUGCACCAUCAACCCGAGGUUUUUUCCUUUCGAUGAGCAAGUGUGUGUCAUGUACUUCCGUUCACUAACAUACAGUUCCAACGAACUGGAAAUUAACGUGCCUUCCAAUAUCUUUGAAAUCAAGGACUAUCGAAACCAGAGCAGUGGAACGUGGGAUUUGAUUGAAGCACCAAUCUUCGCUCAGCGAAAAGUUAUCGGCGGUGUGCAGCGGGAUUUCGUUGAAUGUCACCUGCGUCUCCGCCGGAAAUCGUUGUUCUACGUUGUUACCAUUCUUUUGCCAUGCAUUCUGAUCUCGUUUUUGUCCGGUUUUGUCUUUCUUUUGCCCAGUAAAGGGAAAACAAACGUCUGCCUGUCGAUUCUCUUUGCAAUUGUGGUUUUCUUACUGCUCAUGUCGAAUAUUCUUCCACCCGCCGAUGUAUUACCGCUGCUCUCGGAAUUCCUGUUUUUUACAUUUAUUAUGAACGUAUUGUCGGCGUUCUUCACAGUAAUCGCCAUUAACAUCAGCUAUCGCAGCAGCAACACGCACACAAUGCCGGCACCGGUGCGUGUUGUCUUUCUACAAGUGCUGCCCAUGGUGUUAUGUAUGCGACGACCGACGCGGCACAAAAAGACGCAUAUGCAUAUGCACCGCGCCGGCGAACUGCUGCCCAUGCAAUUACCGCGUCAGAUUGAUCCCUACUCACGGACGGGCAUUUAUCGUAAUCCGCACUGCAGUAGCCAGACCGUAAUGAUGCAGAACGAGUACACCCGGGAAUGUGGAUCCGACAACAAGCGACGCAACAGCCCCAUACUGCCAUUAUGUCUGUCUCCCGCGCCGGCACGCCGCACAAUUAAUACGUCGCCGUUGCUGGUGUCACAACGCAGCAUUGAAAGCGUGAUUGCCAAGGAAGCCCAGAUGCUUGCGGAUUUAUUAGCCGACAUUCCCGGCUACAAUCAUGCACUGAAAGCCGUGGCGUAUAUCGCGGACAACAUGAGACAAAAAACCAAUCUCGAGGAAAGUUCGGAGGAUUGGCGGUUUGUGUCGCAAGUGAUCGACCGUUUAUUGUUGUGGGUAUUUUUUAUUGUCACGUCCGCCGGAUCAAUGGGCAUCAUCCUGAACUCACCGUACCUGUUCGACUAUGUCGUGCCUAUGCACCAACUUUAAAUUCUUUGUCAUUCCAUGUUAUGUGUUUGCUCACCAAAGAACUACGGCUCCUAACUCCUUUACUUAUUAAUCAUAGAAGUUCCAAUGCAAAAAUAAAAAAAGGUCUACAGAAUCCAAA